AUGCGUGCCACUUCUAUCUCUGUGCUGGCAUGUUUUGCCUCGUUGGCGGCAGCCCAGACCUUCCAGCGUCUGGGUGGUUGCCCCGACUUGGGAUGUAUCUUCCCUCCGGACCAGGUUGACUUCCUUGCGGGUCAGUACUUCGAUAUCCGUCUCGAAGUACACUCCCCCGUCAAUGGUUCCGAAGCUCGUGUUGGCAAGCCCGACGAAAACUUCAAGCUCACUAUCGCCAAGAAGGGCAAGAAGAGCAAGGCUGUCUCUGUAACUGAAUUCUUCAAGAUCAAGAAGGAGCCUGAGCUUGAGAAGUGGGACUUCACAUGGUUUGAAGAUCGCUUCGCCCAGGACGCAAAUACGCCUUCUCUAGUCAAUGUGACCUCCAAGAUCUACCGUAGAAUUGCCCUCUACGAGCCCGGCGAGUACGAGGCUACUCUGACCUACUAUGGCAAGCAAAAGACCGUCGCCAACUGGUUUGUUCGUAAUAUCCCUACCAAGCGUCGCGCCAAGAACGUCAUUAUGUUCGUCGGAGAUGGUAUGACAACCAACAUGAUCACUGCUGCACGUCUCAUUGCCCACAAGAGCAUCAACGGCAAAUACAUGACCAAGAUGGCCUUGGACAAGUUCCCCGUGCUGGGUCACCAGAUGACACACUCUAUGGACUCGUUCAUUACUGAUUCGGCCAACUCCGCCACCGCCCUGUAUACUGGUCACAAGACUACUGUCAAUGCUUUGGGUGUCUAUGUUGACUCCUCCAGCGAUUCCCUUGAUGACCCUAAGUUCGAGACUGUUACAGAAAUCUUCCGCCGUCAACGCCCCAAGGGCGGUGUCGGCAUUGUGUCAACUGCCUUUUUGGCUGAUGCUACCCCUGCCGGUUUGUCUGCUCACACUGCUAACCGUGGCGACUAUGACCAUGUCAUCGGCUCUUACUACGACGGUGGUCUCAAGGACUGGACCGAGUGGGAUGGCCCAGAUGUGCUCCUUGGCGCUGGUGCGGAGGACUUCCUCGCAAGCGAGAAGCACCGUGAUUACUUCAAGCUCUUCGCCAAGAAGGGCUACAACGUUGCCUUGAACAACACCGCACUCAGCAAGGCCUCGAAAACGGACAAGCUGCUCGGCGUUUUCUCGAAGUCCAACCUCCCUACUUGGCUCGAUCGCAACGUCUACCAGUCCAACCUUUACAACCAGAGCAACUACCCCGAUGGAUCCGGCCGCGAUGCAGAUGAUCUCCCCGGACUCAAGGACAUGACCCUCAAGGCCAUUGAUGUGCUCGAUAAGCGUCACCGCAAGGACGGCUGGAUCCUUAUGUCCGAGGCCGCCAGCAUCGACAAGCAGAUGCACACUCUGGACUACGACCGCUCCCUCGGUGAGCUUCUCGAGCUCGACGAUACCGUUCGUGCCACUAUUGAGAAGCUCAAGAAGCUCGGCCAGCUCGAAGAUACCCUCAUUAUUGUCACCGCCGAUCACGGCCACGGCUUCGAUGUGACUGGCUCCGUCGACACUGAGUACUUGGAGGCACAGGAAGACGACCGCAGCAAGCGCAAUGCUAUCGGUUAUUACGAUAACUCCGGUCUCUCGCAAUACACCGUCGCCGGAUCCAACGCCUUGCGGUACUCCGAGGGCGUCCACUUCCCUGCCCGCUGGGACCCCAGAUACUCCCUGCACGCUGGUGUUGUUGCCCACCCUGACCACCGCGAGAACUACAAGGUUCACAGCGAGGGUCCCCGUGUCCCUGCUGUGUCCGACAAGGAGCAUGGUGUCGUUGCUAACUACAAGGAUGCCGUUACUGGCUUCUUGGUCAACGGUACCUUGCCCGUUGAUGCCUCACAGGGUGUCCACUCGUUGACUGACGUGCCCGUCUUUGCCCGCGGCCCAUGCCAGGAGCUGUUCGGAGGUGUCUACAACUCGAUUGACAUCUUCUUUGGCGUGGCGGAAUGCCUGGGAUUGUCCCAGACCAAGGCCAGCAAGAACUAG